CCAUCAUCGCCGGAUAUUGAUAAAAAUAGAAUACAUACGUCACCAUGGCAGUAUAUAAAUAAACUUUGCUGUAUACUUUCGUUUCAUUUUAUUUCUCAGGAUAGGUAUUUAACCCAGGAUAUGGCGGCUGUGACAGCGGAAAAAGAGACCGUUGCUAAAGAAACAUCUUUUAAGCAGCAAGAUGGAGAAACGAACCGGAAGUUAGCUGAGGAACUGGCGCACCUCAUUUCGCAAUUCAAAGGCCAGUGCAAGGUCAUUAAUACGGCAGGAAAGUUUGCUAAAACGGUGAAGCUACAUCCGGAAAAUCUAGAUAUUGUUUUCAACUUCAAACUUACAGAUGCAUACCCGAAUACCGUUCCAGUGAUUGAAAUUCGUUCAGAAUCUUUGGACGAAGAUGAGAUUUUCGAUCUUCAAGCAUUUCUGAAACAGUCUGCGGAAAGCAUGACAUCUGUAUCCCUGGAAGGAUUGGUGCAAGCUGCACUGAAGUGGCUCAUGGAGGGAAAUAUUGAUGUUUCAGGCAAACGUGCCAAAUCAAAGAAAGAAGAUGGAAAAGAAAAUUCAUCGAGGAGACGCCAAAGAAAAAGUAAAAACAAACCCAAAGACCCGAAAGAAAAAGGAAAGAAACCACCAAUGAAAACCGCUAUUGAUGUCGUAAAACGAAUUCUCUGGGACGGGGCUUUGCAACAAGACCAAUUUUUGGUAGGAUACUUAGAUAGAAUUGACGGACUCAAGGAGAAAUAUUUCAAUGCAUUUAGUUGGGAGGAUAUUGCAUCUGUUGAUUACACUGUCUUAGCAAUACCUAAACACAGGAUUCAGUACUUUAAAUACAAGAACGAAAUAGUUUGGGAUAAGCGUUGUCGUCUUGACAAUGUUUUUGGUUCAACUGGAAGUAAGAAGACGAUCGCUGACGUCAUUGCUCAUAUUGACGGUGUUCAGGGGAGAAAUGAUGAACGUGAAAUUGGCAAUAAUGAGCCCGAGGAAUCGAUAGCUGAUCAUGAUAGUGAUUAUUAUGAUAGCGAUGACUAUUCUGAAAGUGACAGUGACGACGGAAUCACCGUUACUAUUGGUAAUUCCGACGGAGGGGCCAUUGGCGGAAUGGAGUUUGAUAACGAUUAUGGUAGUGACAAUGACGUUGACGAUAAAGACGGUGAUAAUGAUCAAUUUGACAAAUAUUGGCGAGAUAAACUAAGACCUAAUCAUUUCAUUGCGCUAAGAAUCACAGAUGAAAGUAUUCGAAAUACUGCGGAAGAAAUACAAAAACAAGUAAUAGAAAAUGAACCGAAGUUAAAAGACUGCAAAAUUCCAAGAGGUGCCAUGCAUUUAACUCUCUGUACCAUGGGUCUUGAGACAUCCGAACAAGUUGAAAAUGCAGUGAAAUGUUUGCAAGAAGCUCUUCCAGAGUUUACAUCAAUCGUUUCAAAAGAUAAGAAAUUGACUUUCAAAGGGGUUGAGACCUUCUUUAAUCGUGUAAUCUAUGGUAGGGUAAUAGAUUGUCCACCGGAAUUUUAUGAACUGGUAGAUCACUUGAAAACAUGCUUAGCGGCAAAGGGUAUUGACGUCAGAGAUUACCAUGAAUUUGUUCCCCACGUGACUAUAAUGAAAGUUUCCCGACCUGUAGCUAAAAUGACUGGGAAUAGUUACAUUGCUCCGUGGUUGUAUUCUUCAUUUAACGACACAGUUCUGGGUAGUCAGGCUGUAGACAAUUUACACCUGUGUGCGAUGGUAGAUGAAAGACAAGAAGAUGGUUUCUACGUUGCUCCGGCGUCUUUUAACCUGUAAAAUCACAUUCAAGUAUUUAACCAUGUAUCUUAUCAUGCAGCCACAAAGUUUUUACUGUGCACAUUAUCAUGAAGCAACGUAUGCUUUUACUAUGCACAUUAUCAUAAAGCAACAUAUGUUUUUACUGUGCACAUUAUCAUGCAGCCACAAAGUUGUUACUGUGCACUUUAUCAUGUUUUUAAUGUUUACAUUAUCAAGAAGCCACAUGGUUUUUUUUACCGUGCACAUUAUCACGAAGCAACAUAUGUUUUAACUGUGAACGUUAUCGUACAGCCACAUAACUUUUUACCGUGCACAUUGUCAUACAGCUACAUAACUUUUUACUGUGCACAUUAUCAUACAGCUACAUAAUUUUUUACCGUGCACAUUAUCAUGCAGCUACAUAACUUUUUUCCGUGCACAUUUUCAUGCAGCUACAUAACUUUUUAAUGUGCACAUUUUCAUGCAGCUACAUAACUUUUUUCCGUGCACAUUAUCAUACAGCUACAUAACUUUUUACCGUGCACAUUUUCAUGCAGCUACAUAACUUUUUUCCGUGCACAUUAUCAUGCAGCUACAUAACUUUUUACCGUGCACAUUUUCAUGCAGCUACAUAACUUUUUUCCGUGCACAUUAUCAUACAGCUACAUAACUUUUUACCGUGCACAUUUUCAUGCAGCUACGUAACUCUUUACAGCUACAUAACUUUUUACCUUACACAUUAUCAUGCAGCUACAUAACUUUUUACCUUACACAUUAUCAUGCAGCUACAUAACUUUUUACAGCUACAUAACUUUUUACCUUACACAUUAUCAUGCAGCUACAUAACUUUUUACCUUACACAUUAUCAUGCAGCUUCGUAACUUUUUACAGCUACAUAACUUUUUACCUUACACAUUAUCAUGCAGCUACAUAACUUUUUACCUUACACUUUAUCAUGCAGCUACGUAACUUUUUACAGCUACAUAACUUUUUUCCGUGCUCAUUAUCAUACAGCCACGUUGAAGAACUUCUCUGUAGCAAAUCACAUGAUGCCUUUCAAUUAUUUUUAUUUAUAUAUCAAAUCGUAAAAACUCCACCUUUUAAAAUCAAACUUUUUUUUCUUCGUACUCGUGUAUUGGUAAACUGCUGGUAUGCGAUGGAAAAUUGUUACCAGACCUUUUUCGUUUUAUAUGUCGUGCAUUUAUAUGAAUGAUACAAUAAAAUAAAAUAAAAGAUU